AAGAGACAGAGGUUUCGAAAAAAUGGGAUUACUUUUCUUUCUCUGUUUUGUUUUCGUACGGUUCCAAAUAUUGCUUUGUGUGUCCAAUAUUGAAGAAUACCUGUUUAAGAAUUACAGUUCAAUGUUAAAACCAAGAAGAAUUCAAAGCGAGCCAGUGAAUGUGAGCAUAGAUAUGACAAUAAUGUCUGUCCAUGAGGUGGAUGAACAGUUUCAGUAUAUCUCCUUUUACGCUUGGUUUAAUAUUCAAUGGUAUGACGAUUUCUUGACUUGGAAUGAGAAUGAGCACGCUGGGAUCAAGACCAUUGCUGUACCAUACCAAAAAGCCUGGAUACCUGAUUUGUCCAUGUGGUAUUCUGAAGAACACCUCCAUGAUCUUGGCCCUCACUCGUUUGUUUCGGUGACAUCAGAUGGCCACCUUGUGUGGUUCACAGGAGGUAAAUAUGUAGUCGUGUGUGACCUCAAGAUGAAGAAAUUUCCAUUUGAUGAACAGAAAUGUAUCAUAACAAUUUCAGCUUGGCAAAGUACUGACAGCAUUCAGAAACUUGUUCCAAGAAAGAGAUUAUAUAAUGACGCAGAAUUUAUUGCUGAAAAUGGAGAAUGGGAGUUUACAAAUUUCACGUUUCAUUCUUUUUAUCAGAAAGAGUUUGAUACGACGGUAUUAGAAUACACACUCUGUUUAAAAAGACGAUACCUUCAUUUUGUGCUCAGUACUCUAGUACCCAUUAUGAUACUCUCUAUUUUGAAUUCUUUGACCUUCUUUAUCCCUUUGGAAUCAGGAGAACGGAUUCAAUAUUCUCUCACACUUUUCCUAGCUUUUACCGUGUUUUUAACUUUGUUCGAACAAAUGAUGCCGCAGAACUCCACAGAUGUACCCUAUAUAUCCGUGUAUGUCGGAUUUCAAUUAAUUCUCUGUGUUAUUUCAACGGUGGUCUCUGUUGUAUGUACGUCGAAAAAGUAUUCGUCGGAGAUGAAGGAAGCUAAAUAUUGCAAUAAUACGGGUUACUGCAAACAAGAGCGUCGAUCACAAACCAUUUCCACAAAGAUCAGCGAAGGCAAAGUCAUGGGCAAGGAAACCAAACUCAAGAACAAACUUAACAACAUCAAUGACAACACCCACAACAUUUGUGCCGUAAACAGCUUUCAGCAUAGAACGAACCUUAUAAUGAUCUUAUUGAACAGCUUCUCAUUGAUUCUUUCAACAGCUAUAUUGUUUAUUCUCUACUGGAUUUAAAUGUAGGUGAUGUAAAUACUAUAUGAUAAGAUGAAUGAUGUAGUAAUCCUGUACGAUAAAUUACAUUGUAAUCAUGUACGAUAAAUUACAUUGUAUUCCUGUACGAUAAAUUACAUUGUAAUCCUGUACGAUAAAUUACAUUGUAAUCCUGUACGAUAAAUUACGUUGUAAUCCUGUACGAUAAAUUACAUUGUAAUCCUCUAGGAUAAAUUACAAUGUAAUCCUGUACGAUAAAUUACAUUGUAAUCCUGUACGAUAAAUUACAUUGUAUUCCUGUACGAUAAAUUACAUUGUAUUCCUGUACGAGAAAUUACAUUGUAAUCCUGUACGAUAAAUUACAUUGUAAUCCUGUACGAUAAAUUAUGUUGUAAUCCUCUAGGAUAAAUUACAAUGUAAUCCUGUACGAUGAAAGGUGAAGUUAACGAACAGUGAUCAAUCUCAUAACUCCUACAAGCAAUACAAAAGAGAUAGUUGGGCAAACACGAAACCCUGGACACACCAGAGGUGGGAUCAGGUGUCUAGGAGGAGUAAGCAUCCCCUGUCGACCGGUUACACCCGCCAUGAGCCCGAUAUCCUGAUCAGGUAAAUGAAGUUAUCCGCAGUCAAAAUCAGUGUGCCAAGAACGGCUUAACAAUCGGUAUGAAACACGUCAGACAGUAAUUGCCCCAAUAAUAGGUUGUAUUGACUACCUAGAUCGUUAUUACGACCAUAUAAUUUGUGAAAUGCUGACUUCAAUCGAGACUGUUGAAACCCCUGUACCAUUGUAGGAUAAAUUACAUUGUGAUCCUGUAUGAUAAAAUAAAUUAUGUUGUAUAAAUACUGCUACAGUACGUAAAGAUGAAUAACUUUGUAUUCCUUACGAUAAAAUAAAUCAUGUUGUAUGAAUACUGUACAAUAAGAUGAAUUACGUUGUAAUCCUUCGUGGUAAGAUGAAUGAUGUUGUAAUCUUGUAUGAAAGUGAAUUACGUUUUGAUCCUGUACGAUGAGAUGAAACAUGUUAUAAUCCUUGCCAUCAAAUUAAUUACGUUGUAUAAAUAUUGUACGAUAAGAUGAAUUAUGUUGUAAUACUGUACGAUAAGAUAAAUUAUGUUGUAAUACUGAACGAUAAAAUAAAUCAUGUUGUAAUGCUGAACGAUAAGAUAAAUUAUAUUGUAAUACUGUAUGAUGAGAUAAUUUAUGCUGUAAUUCUGUACGAUAAGAUAAAUUAUGUUGUAAUCCUGUAUGAUGAGAUAAAUUAUGUUGUAAUGCUGUACAAUAAGAUAAAUUAUGUUGUAAUCCUGUACGAUAAGAUAAAGUAUGUUGUAAUCCUGUACGAUAAGAUAAAUUAUGCUGACGUAAUACUGUACGAUAAGAUAAAUUAUGCUGUAAUGCUGUACGAUAUGAUGAAUACGUUGUAAUUGUGUACGAUAAAGUGAAUUACGUUGUAAUCCUGAUGAUAAGAUGAAUGAUGGUGUAUAAAUAUUGUACAAUCAAAUGAUAUACGUUGUAAAAGUGUACUAUAUGAUGAGUUGCGUUGUAAUGUUUAUGAUCAGAUGAACGAUGUUGACGUAUAAAUAAUGUACAAUGAG